AUUAAAACAGCGGCGGCAUUAGGCGCUCUUAUCGUACUGCUGGUGGAGGAGCAAAAAGAAAGCGCGCGGGAUGAAUGACGGGCCCGACCGACGUUAAGCCAAGUUAAAGUAGUAAUCCGGUGCAUCUCGUAGAGACGACUGGUAUGUCGCGCAGCGUUCCGUUCCGACGAGACAUGUCACAGGUCGAGCUUCUCGUCGUUACGACCGUCCUCCUCGCCUGGUCAGCGUACGCGUAUCCGGAUGGCACGCUGCUGAACGACAACGCGCGAGCGGCGAUCGUCGAGACGGUGCUGGAGCGCGAACCGGCGACCUUCAAAUUGUACACCAGGGAAAACCCGUUCGGCGAGGAGCAAUUGUUCCUGAACAAUACCGAGGUGCUGUACGCGUCGCACUUCAACGAGAGCCGGCCGACCAAGUUCAUCGUUCACGGAUUCAGCGAUACCGGUAACGAGGGCUGGAUACGUGAUUUGAUAGACGCGUAUCUGCUUUAUCAGGAUGUGAACGUGAUAGUCGUCGGCUGGGGAAUCUUGGCGUCCGACGCCUACCCGGUGGCGGCUAAGAACACGCGUCUCGUCGGUGAGUAUUUAGGCCAGUUCUUGGACUUCUUGAGUCGGGACUCGAACCUGGAGUACAAGGACGUGCACAUCAGCGGUCACAGCUUGGGCUCGUACGUGGCGGGCUUCGCCGGAGCUUAUCACGACGGGCGUGUCGGGAGAAUAACAGGACUGGAUCCUGCGAGUCCACUGUUCGAGACAAUCUCCGGCAUCGUCGACCCGGAAUACCGGCUGGAUCCGACCGACGCUCAAUUCGUCGACGUGAUCCAUACCAGCGGUCCGGCGUUCGGAUUCUUGGCGCCGCUGGGACACGCCGAUUUUUAUCCUAACGACGGCAAGAUCCCGCAACCCGGAUGCUCUUACGUGCCGACGAUAACUUACUGCAGUCAUUCGAGGGCGCAUCAGCUUAUGACCGAGAGCAUCGGCAGCACGGUGGGCUUCAAGGCGAGAAUGUGCGACAGCUGGGAAAAGUACAAGGGGCGGCUCUGCGAUUACAAUCCGGUCGUUUUGAUGGGCGAAUACGCUUCCACCUCGUUGCGUGGCAAAUUUUAUCUGACGACCAACAACGCUCCUCCCUUCGCACUGCAGUAAACGUUCGGAGUGCCGAUCCUUUGGCGGAGAUUUCUCGACUUGAGUACUUGCGAACUCACGAUUACGAGUGGCGAUCGCGCAGUAAUCUGUACUAGUCAUUGAUAAGUUACUUUAUUUAUGAAGCCCCUCGAUUCUGAGUGCGUACACCGGAACGUACAUCGUGUCAGAAUGUAUCCUUAAUAUACGUAAUGCUAUACAUAUUAGAAAGAGUACAAAUUACAUUAAUUGAAACUA